UGGUGUUUGUUCGAUUCCCGCGGUAGAAAAUUUUUUUUAUUUUCUGUUUAAAGUUCUUUAUUUUUUUAGGAAAUUAUUUAGGAAUUCCUUAUCUUUUAAAUUUAAUUAUUCUCAAAUUUUACGACUUUCUUUAUUUCUUCUACAUUUUCCAGAUCCUUUUGAAGUUUUGGUUGUUUCUCGUUUAAAAUUUAUUCUGCUCUCUCCCUCGAAAUGAAAGGAAAACUUUGAAAAGUGAGGAGGAACAUUUCUUCGUUUUCUCCACUUUUUCCUAGUUUCCUCCCUAUUUUCUUCCAGUUUCCACCGCUUUAUUGAUCUCCUUUCCUUCCAAUUUUCCUCCUUUACCUUUCCCUCUCCCCUCAUGUUAGUAAUAGGAAGAAAAAUUUUUUUCCUUUUAAAUUUUCUCAAAAAAACUCAUUUUUGUUUAAAAAUAAAAAUUUUUUUAUUUUUAAGGAUUGCCUUUAAAAAAAUUUUUUUUUAAAUUUAUUUGGAUAAUUUUCCAUUUUUUUUUAUUUUGAAUAAAAAUUAACCUUUUUGUUUUGUUUUUCUUACAGUUUUUGUCCCACCGAUGUGAAAUUAGUUACCGGCUCUGAUGAUGCAACUGCUCGAGUUUGGGAUUUUGCUAGAUGCAAUGAAGAAAGAGUUUUGAGAGGACAUGGAGCCGAUGUUCGUUCUGUCGAUUGGCAUCCUACAAAGGCUUUGAUUGCAACUGGAUCGAGAGAUUCUCAACAACCGGUGAAAUUAUGGGAUGCAAAAACUGGGCAAUGCUUGGCGACUUUGUUAGUUUUUAAAAAAAAAUUUUUUUAUUUUUUAAUAUAAUAAAAUUGUGUGUUUUUGUCUGUCUUUUCUGUGUUUUAUUAUGUGUGUCUUUUGCUUAAAGUCACCUUAUUGAGUGCUUUUUCAUGCUUUUUGAGAAAAUUUAGGGAGGGGACUUCUUUGGUGUAGUGGUAUCUGGUUAGAUUUUUUGAUAGAAGUCAGCAUGGUUCGGACCCCUUUGUCGGUACCUUUCGUUAUAAUUUUUCCUUGGGGUUUUCACUAGACAUGAUCACAAAAACUCUGUAAUGGCUGUUCAAUGGAAUAAAAAUGGAAAUUGGCUAUUAACCGGUUCAAGAGAUCACGUAAUUAAACUUUAUGAUGUUAGAAUGAUGAGAGAAGUGCAAACCUUUAGAGGGCAUAAAAAGGAAGUUACAGCCCUCGCCUGGCAUCCUGUUCAUGAAGGUUUAUUUGUCAGUGGAGGGGGUGACGGUGCUCUAGGUUAUUGGCUAGUCAAUAAUGACAAAGAAUUAGCUUUGUUGGAACAGGCACAUGAUAUGGCUAUUUGGACGUUGGAAUGGCAUCCUAUGGGACAUAUUUUGGCGACUGGAUCAAACGAUAAUAACACCAAAUUUUGGACUCGUAACCGUCCAGGAGAUACUCAAGAAGAUGUUUUUGGAAUGACCACAGUUGGAGGUUUGUUCAGCUCCUCGUCUGUUCAUAAUUUUGAUGAUGAAAGAGAGCCUAUUCCAAUUACAACAGAGGAAGAUUCAAAUGCUCCACCACAAAUACCUGGUUUGGGAAUUGAUGAACCAAUGCGUAGAGAAAUGAAUAAAGAUUUUGGUACAAUACUUACAGCAACUUCCCUUCCUGGACUUGGAGGGCCUACAAAUACUUCAACUUUUGAUCAAAAUAAAAAACAAGGAGGAGGACAAUUUGGGGGGAGACAACAACCAAAAAGAAAUCAAAGACAAUUUGAGAGAAUGUGGAUGGGUGAGGGGAAUAUUUUUUUUGAAUUUAUGAGUAAAUUGCAGGAGGAUAAUCUUAAAAGAAUAAUUUAA